UGUGCGUGUGUGUGUGUGUGUGUUUGUGACAAACAAGUUCUUUUUUUUCUUUGGACUUCUCAGUCACACAAACUUGAAUAAAUCUUACCGAAAAAAAAAAUAGCGAAAAAGAAGACGAAGAGGAUUUUGGUAGAAAAAUAUGCGACCACGCGACGACGUGGUCGUGGGACUUUUCUUCUUCCUCACGUCACUGUCGACAGUGUCGGCCUCGUCAUCGGAAUCAACUGCCUCAAGAAGGAGGACAUCAAGUCUGACAUGUGAGGUGUGCAUGGGGGACUGCAGCAGUAAUAAGAGGGACAGCAUGAUUGAGGAAUGUCCUCCUGCUUUCCCUGACAGCUGUGCAGCAGUUUACAACAGGAAUGGUGAGUUG